AUGACCCCUCCCAUCCAGGAAGAUAUCUUGAUAGUUGGCGCUGGGCCUGCUGGCGCAUCUCUAGCAGCUUUCCUGGGCCAGAACGGGCUGAGCGGGCUUGUGAUAUCCAAAGACAAUUCCACAGUGUUUACACCAAGAGCCCACGGAUUCAACCCUUUUGCCUUUGAAUGCCUCCGGGAUAUCGGUCUUGAGGAUGAAGGGCUGAGAUUGGCGAUUCGUGGCCCUACCGCUCUUUCCAUGCGUUUUUCACGAAAUCUUGCUGGAGAAAAGGAGUACGGAAGAGUCCUGGCAUGGGGGGAGCUUCCGGCCAGCGCUGGACGAUUGAAGGAGAUCACACCAUGUGAAUACGUUGACCUGACUCAACGUCAUGCUGAGCCACUCCUCCUCCGCUACGCAUCACACCACAAUUUCAAGCACCGCUUCUCGACAGAACUCAUGGGAGUUGAGCCUAUCAGCGACGAUCUUGGCUCGGGGUAUCUAUGUGCUGUUCAAGAUCACAUAACUAACCAUCAUUUCAAAAUUCGCACCAAAUAUCUCUUUGGUGCAGACGGAGGCCGAAGUCAUAUAGCUCGCUCCCUCAACUUCAGUUUCUCAAAAACUCCAGGAGGGCCAAAGGCCUGCAACUUUCUGAUCCGCGCAGAACUGGGUCACGUUCUGGCAGAAAAGAACCACGCUGGCCUUCAUUGGAUAGUCCAGCCUGACCGCAAGAUUUUUCCAGGGGUUGUUGCCCACUUGCGCGUGGUGCGACAGUGGAACGAGUGGGUCAUGGUCGCCUUUGGACCAGGCGGCACGAAUCCGUUUGAAGGCUUUACCACGGAGAGCCCCGAGAUUGUCGACCUUGUGCGGGAGCUAGUUGGAGACGGAGCGAUCGAUGUCAAGAUCCUGCAGAUUGACGCUUGGACCGUUCGUGAGGCCGUUGCGGACCAAUACUCGAACGCCGAUGGCAAUAUAUUCUUGUUGGGCGAUGCAGCCCAUCGUCAUCCUCCCAGUUUUGGAUUGGGGAGUAACACCUGCAUUCAAGACGCGUACAAUUUGGCGUGGAAAGUCGCAUAUGUUACAAAGGGCUUAGCAGGCCCCGGUCUUUUAGAUACGUACACUAAGGAACGGCAACCAGUUGGCACAGAGCUCGUUCGCGAGUCCAACAAUCAACUUCGCCAUAACUCCAAUAUUUGGGAAGUUCUGGGAAUGAUGGCCCCUCAGGAAGAUGGAGUUAAGCAGCUAGAGGAACUAACACAGCCGACGGUCGCAGGCUCCGAUCGCCGAGCAAGACUACAUGAGGCUUUUGAGCAGAAGAGACAGGAGCUUGAGAGCCUCGGUAUGGCGUACAAUCAGUGGUAUACCUCGAACGCAGUAUACCUAGACGACGAGAGCAGCCCCAGGCCUACCUUGGAGGGAGACCAUAUUGUGGAGACGCAAAUCAGCACAUACCCCGGCAGUCGACUGCCCCAUGUAUGGCUCGACGUCCCCUCUCGCCCAAACUUGGUAUCAACACAUGACCUUGCCGGGAAGGGGUCGUUUUGCUUGCUGUACGGAGUUGGCGGGGAAGCUUGGAAGUUUGCAGCUCAAUCAAUCAGUAAAGUCACAGGCAUCCCCAUUGCCAGUUAUGGUAUCGGCCAUGGACUGGAUUAUAUGGACAUCCACCGCAAUUGGCACAUGAAGCGCAGAGUUAGAGAAGAUGGGUGUGUUCUGGUUCGACCCGAUAGAUUCAUUGCAUGGAGGUCCUUCGGAAAGCCCACUGACUGUGAGGAAAAGCUGAGACAAGUCUUGGAUAAAGUGCUGGCGAGAUGA